GUACCCAAAUUAAUUCUUCGUCAUUUAAAAAUGCCGUGAUGGUGGUGCUACAAUUCGGAUCAUUCAGAGAACGAAUUGAUACUUGCCAAGCAUUUGCAGUGCUGGUUAGGGAUGUUAAUGGCUUUACACAUCAACUUGGUAGCCCCGGAAACGCCCGUUUCCUCACUCCUGAAGAACGUCGUUUCACCAUCGAUCGUCUUAAACCAGAAGGUGGUGUUGAUGAAGAAAAUCGUAGUGUCAUAAAAUCUCAAGCUAAAAGCGCGUUUUUUGAUCACAGAGUUUACGUUUACAUAUUAGCCGCAACUUUUGGAGCAAUUCCAUUUAAUGCACUUAAUUAUUUCCUUCCAACCUUGGUGGGUCAGCUUGGUUAUAAUCCUGUAGAGACUCAAUUAAUGAGUGUACCACCAUACAUAAUAGCAACUAUUGUAAUGAUUAUAUUUUCUUGGUUAGCUGAUAAAUAUCAAGUCAGAGCUUUACCUAUAAUGGUUGGCGAUAUAGUUGCCAUCAUAGGAAUUGCAGGGACAAUUGCAACAUCUGCCACUGAUCCAACUCUUUUGAUGAAAUUUCAUUUGAAUUAUGAGAAUAAGAAACGUGAUUUGGCCACGUUAUCCAAUAAUAAGAUUCAGCUAAGUGAAAGUGAAUUAAAAGAUACAAAGUCCAUUAAGGAAAAGGCUGCAAAAUUGGUGGAACAUGAACCGAAAUUCGAUGAUAUUUUGUGCGAUUUACAUCCUAAUUGGAG